CUGACAAACUUGCGACCGACCGCUUCCAUCAACAUUUUCCUUCCAGCGCACCUCCAGGUGUUGCGAUGUCGCUAGCUAGUAGCAUUCACUUAACAGGGCCGCGUUUGACGCUACCUCGCGCGGUGACGUCGCGCCCCAGCGGCGGGAGAAGGUCAGCCAUGGUAGUCGCCUCCGCCAGCGACGCAGGGCCAGCGCCCGCGGCGACCGCGUCAGGGGCCGCGGCGGCAGUUACCUCCACUCCCAAGCCUGCGGACGUGGUGACCGUGUACUUUAGGCAGGAGGGCACCUCCACCACGGCGCGGCCGGGCGAGGACUUCAUGGACGUGGCAUCCCGCUGCAAGGCCGACAUCCCCACCGGCUGCCUGCACGGGUCCUGCGGCGUGUGCGAGGUGGAGCUGUUCAAGUACCAGGUGGACGCUGAGAGCGGCGAGGCGCGGGAGGCGGGCAACCCAGUGGUGAUGCGGGCAUGUGUGGCCAAGGUGCCUCGGGGCUGGGGGCGGGUAGAGGUGGGCAUGAUGGCCAUCGACCAGGUGUGGGGGCAGGAUGGCUGGGACACGUGAUGGGUGAACGACUGUGAUGUGUGGGAGCAAGAAGACCUGGUGACUGACAUGAAGCGCCUGGAGAGGGGUCUCGGGGAGGAGAGGAGAGGAAAGGAGAGGUAGCGGUUGCAAAGACUUUGUCAUUUUGUGGCAACUGGUUGCUGUGAGCAAUUCGCAAGUUGUUGCAAAGGAGUGCUUCAUUGUAAUGAGGUGAAUGGAUCUGUUGCGUACAGGACUGACUGAUGCUACUGAUGCUCAUUAUGUCCUGGCUGUGCUUGCUCAUUCUAAAGCAGUGAUACCAGUCUAGAGAGCUGGAGGUAGGGUUGAGCCACCAUAGUUGUAGGGCCAAGUGCCUGCCCCUGGAAGGUGCACCCCCUAGCUGAUGGGCUCAUCCAUCCACAUCAUGGGCAUUCACGGCCCUGUCAUCCUUGUAACAGUUCAGUGCC